GAUUUCGCUCUGCGCAGCUACCAAUAGUGGAAUUUCGAAGCAUAUUACAGAGAAAUUACUGGAACACCUUGUAUUGGUUAUAAACUAAAACGCACGAUAUUAUUAACUUGAUUAAGAAUAAAUAAUAUACCGCAUUCGACAAAUAUAUCAAUCAUGUCAGAUUGGGAUACUGUGCCGAUUACCUUGCGUAAGCGAGUGCCGAAGGGGUCUGCUAUGAAAUCAGAACAGGCCGUCAAUGCAGCUCGACGUCAGGGUGUUGCAGUGGAAACUCAAGUCAAGUGGGGUGGUGGUGCGAACAAGCAACAUGUGACCACAAAAAACACAGCAAAAUUGGACCGAGAGACUGAGGAAUUAAAGCACGAUAAAGUACCUUUGGAUCUUGGUAAACUUAUCCAGCAGGGACGACAAAAUAAAGGAAUGUCCCAGAAGGAUCUUGCUACGAAAGUCAAUGAAAAAGCUCAGGUCAUUAAUGAUUAUGAAGCUGGGAGGGGUAUCCCUAAUCAAAUGGUGAUUGGCAAAAUUGAACGAGUAUUGGGUAUUAAACUGCGUGGAAAGGAUCGUGGCCAACCACUCUUGCCCCCCGGGACGAAGAAGUGAAUCUCGGGGGAAUCAAAGCUCUACUUUCUACCCUUCUCUACUAUUCUCAUGAAACAACCUUUAAAGAUGGUAGAAUCAAGUGUAACUCAGAUCCCUUUCCUCUUUUCCUUUGGUUAUUUUGAUACGGUGUAUUAUAAAGUAGGCUAUCUUUUUGUGUUUAUAUGAAAUAAAUACAAGAUAUUUUAGAUGAACAUCGCGAUUAAAUAUUGAAUUCAUUCUGUAUGCAUAGUACUCUAAGAUAUUCAUAACUACGUAUUUCAAUAUUUAAUCUUAAACACGUUUAUUUGCAUUAACUGCACAUGACCAGUUAUUAAACCUGUAAUUGUAAAUCAAUAGCUGCAGCUACCAGUCACCAAAUGGUUUAGCAAUAAAUACUAUUAAUUUAUGAAA